AAAAAAGAAAAAAGAAAAAUAGCUUUUUAAUGUUGAUCAUAUCAUAUACCAUGGCUAUGCCAUCCAUAUAAUUCUCACUCAUUAUUUUUGUUGCUUAAAGCUUGCCUGCCCUUUCUCUCCAGUCUCUUGACCCUUAUCCUUUUCUUUCUUUCUCUCUCUCACAAAAGAGAGAAAAAACAACUCAUCAGCUGCUGAGCUGCCACCUUCCCCCAUCUGCAAAGAAUUUCAUGCUCCACAGUCCUCAAGAAAAAAAAUAGAGAAAGAAGAGAGAGAGAGAGAGAGAGAGAGACCCACUACUAGGCCAGGCCACCACUAAGUGAUAGAAAUUGAGCUCAGCUGGGUCAGCUACAGUUGUACGAACCAGGAGAGAGCAAAAAAGAAAAAAUAUUUUUUAAAAAAAGUAGUGAGAGAGAGAGAGAGAGAGAGAGAGAGAGAGAGAGAGAGAGAGAGAGAGAGAGAGAAAGAAGGGCCGUCCCCUCCAUAUGAUCAUGGAAGCUGAAAAUGGGAUCCGCUGCAGGCCCAAUUUUCCACUACAAUUUCUAGACAAAAACCAAGAUGAUGACAUCCAAGAAGCGCCAGGAGACCCGGGUUCCAACCCGAACCGACCCGGCUCCUCCCUCACCCAAGAGCAGCAACCCAACAACGGCAAGAAGCCUCCUCCGAAGAGGACCUCCACCAAGGACAGGCACACAAAAGUGGACGGGCGAGGCCGCCGGAUCCGUAUGCCGGCCACGUGUGCCGCUAGGGUUUUCCAGCUCACGAGGGAGCUAGGGCACAAGUCCGACGGUGAGACCAUUGAGUGGCUUCUCCAGCAGGCCGAACCCGCCGUCAUCGCAGCCACCGGGACCGGCACCAUUCCAGCCAACUUCACCUCCCUCAACAUCUCGCUGCGGAGCUCCGGCUCUAGCAUGUCGGCGCCGUCGCACUACUUGAGGCCAAACAGCAGUAAUUAUUUCAUGAACUUUAACCCCAACAACUUGGGUGCAGCAGCUGCGUCGCAGCUGAUUAUGGACGAGAACUCGCAGCGCGGCAGGAUUUUGUUCCCCGGCGUUGGGUUGUUGUCGUCUGAGAGCUCCCCGUCGUCGUCUAUGUUGUUGAAUUUCAACAAUGCCAUGUUGGAAGCCAAGCGCGAGUUACGUGAUCAGGGCGGUUCUCUCGGUGAGGUGUCCGAGGGCGGCGAGGCCAGCUCCAUGGGAAGGAAGCGAAUUAGGCCGGAGCAAGAUUUGUUAUCGUCUUCGUCGUCCUCGUCCUCGUCAUCACAAAGUAGUCAUCAUCAGAUGGGAAUAUCGAACAGCUACAUGUUGCAAUCAGCCAGCACGGGGUCAAUUCCGGCGAGUCAAAGUACAAUUCCGGCGACAUUUUGGAUGGUGGCAAAUAACCCUAGUAGCGGCAGCGGAGGCGGCGGUCAUCAUGUCCAUGAGCCUCCCAUUAAUCCCAUGUGGACAAUUCCUAGUAUUAAUAAUGGUAUUAACAGCAAUAUGUAUAGGGGGGCUUCGGUGUCUUCUGGGGGCGGGCAUGGUCUGCAUUUUAUGAAUUUUGCUCCACCUCCAAUGGCGGCCAUAUUACCUAGCCACAUGGGAUCAACUCCUCACGGAGGUGGAGGCUCAAUUGCCGACAGCCACUUGGGUGUGAUGGCGGCGCUCAACGCGUACCGGCCGAUUCUGGGGGGGGUCAUGGCGGAGCCACCGGGUGGGAAUAAUGGACAGCAUUCACACCAUGGAGCAGACGAGGGACAUGAUCGUGACAGCAAUGCUAGGUAGUUACCACUAAUCCUAGGUCAAGUACUACAACAAAUAGUGUGGCACUGGUGCUUUUAUUUUUUGUUUUUAUAAAUAAUUACUACUUCCUAAUUAAGUGCGUAAAUAUGUUUGUUUUUCAAUGAAGGUGCAAGCUUGACAGAAUGGCAUUGAGUUUGAGUUUAAUUUUCGAUUCUAGUGUGGAAAUUUUGUUAGGGUUUGAUGAAUUGAGGAGAAUUUUAAUUCAUAAUUAAGGUGUUUUUGAGUGUGAC